ACUAGCCACCCAUCUUGGUCUCGCUGAACAUUUGAACAGGGACCGGCAAACCUAUCCAGAAUGACGCAGGGACGCGGCGGCAUGCCAGAUGUAACGGCUGCUGCAAAAUGUUCGUCCGCCGACACAAAAUGCCAAGCUUGCAAGUCCCAACUUCUCGUCUGAGCGCAGACCUCACGGCGCCAUGCACGCCGCCACGUACGCGAGCACCAGUGACUAGUGGUGCCCCGUCUCCGCACCCACCUGACCACCUCCACUGACCACCACCCUCUCCCUUCAAGCCGCGCCGCAUUAACCCAUCGCGCAACCGCUCCGUUCUGGACUGGAACGCCAGACAAGAAGAAGCUUUGCUUUCCCAUUUCACAUCGCAGCCCAGCGAUCGACCCGGGUCCCGCACCGGCCAUGGUGAAGCUUGCCACGGCCAGGGAGGCGCGCCUGUACGGGCCGGCGCUGGCGGUGCGCCGGUGGGAGUACGUCAACGCAGGGGCGUACGCGUUCGCCGCGCUGCUCCUGGCGGCGAGCCUCGCGGCGCUGUCAGCGGGCGGCGGGGUCAGCAGGGCGGGGUUCGCCGUGGCCGCCGUGGCGCUGGCGGCCGUCGCGGCCGUGAACGCGCACGACCUCGCGGCGCACCUCGCCGGCGUCGACUGGCGCGUGGGGCUGGCGCGGUACGACGCCCAGCUCGGGCUCGUCGAGUUCCUCGUGCCGGCGCUGCACGCGGCGGGGUGCGUCCUCGCCGUCGCCGGGAUGGCGCUGCUGGUCUCCCAGGGCGAGGGCGCGGGGUACAGCUACGGGCGGGAGAAGCACGCGGCGAACAUGCUGCUCGCCGCGGCGCUGCUGUGGCUGCUGGGCUCGGUGCUCAACUCGUGCCAGGUGUACGAGCGCGCCGACGGCCGGGCGCAGCUGCUGCAGUCGAGCGUGCAGGUGCCCCUGCUCCUGGGGAGCCUGCUUUUCCUGGUCGCCGCCGUCGUGAACCGCCGCCGCGUCUCCAGCAGCUGGCGCCGCGAGCCGGUCAUCCUAGUGGGCCGGAGCUGGGCGUGGCUGUGCCUGGUGGGGAGCCUGCUGUGGCUGGCGGCGGCGCUGCUCAACGGGCUCAAGGUGUUCAUGAUGCACCAGAGCGACGGGCUGCGGCUGGAGAAGCUCCGCGGCGGCGCGCAGGAGCGGCUCAGCCGCGACCUCGAGGGCCGCGUGCCGCUCAACUGGGAGGAGGUCGCCAGGAGGAGGGCGCUGCCCACCGAGCUCCGAUGAUCCUCAUGCCGUCGCGCCGCGCCGCGCCGCCGCUCGCCAUCGAACAAUUGCGUCAGCCACUCAUCCUAGCUAGUGGUACAUCAGGGCCGUAAGUCCGUAACCCGUAACAACUUUCCCCCCGCGCUGUAAAAAGUUGUGAGAAAAAAAAAGACGAGCCAAAUAAAUUGUUUGGGCCCCGUGUUGGCAUUUGCAGUUUUAGGUCCUUUGCUCAACUUUCUGGGUGGUGGUGAACUCGUAGGCCCGUGUAAUAUUUUGGCCCAUAAAGAAGUUCCCAUCGCGGGGAUGAA